AUGUCACUCGAGCAAACAAAUUCCAAACAUGUGCGAGUUGUUCCUUUAUCAGUAAGUCAGAACACAGCACUUGAGCGCCUUGACAAUGAUUUUGCUGUUGGAAUUCCGUUUAACUACGAAGAAUUGUUUGACAACAACGCCGUCAAUGCGUGUGCUUUUAUAUCGGUAACUCUUGCUCAUUUGCUUUUAUCGGAUACGGAGUUAACAAACAUUUUACAACACGCUAUGCAAGACAAAAUUAUCGAGACUGCAGAACAAGUUAUAAAUGACUUUCCGCGAUAUUUCAACAUGUUAAGAGAUCCUGAUAGAACGUACGACGCCCAAGAAGCAUGUCAGAUAUUACAAAAAGCUGGUGUUAUUAACAAAUUAUAUGAUCUAACGGAGGAAAUUAUAUCGUCAAGUUGUGUCUUUUCCACGAAUGGGGAAGAGUUGCUUAGGAAUGCGAUUCUUAAUUUGCAAAGACAGAGCGGUGAUUCUAAGGUAUCUGUGGCCAUUUACACCUGUGGCAAGUACGUGCUAUUGAUUGGUUGUGUUGCUGGAAAGGUUUUUCUAGUUGACAGUCAUCCUGUUGUGGAAAAGGCUUGUGGUGAAAAGACUGGUGUGGCGAUAUUUUCAGAAGGACAUGCGUCUGAAUGCCAUGAGUUUAUUCGCAAAUGGCUUGUAAAAAGACUGAAAAGAUCAGGAGUCACUGGUGGAAGUAUGCAGUCUUUUGCCAUCAUGAA